CUCGUUUUGCCUCAUAUGGAAUGUAUCUUUCUGUCCGUUAUUAAACUACGAUGACAUGUCUGUAGCCAUCAGAAAGAGAAGCUGGGAAGAACAUGUGACCCAAUGGAUGGGGCCGCCAUUUAAUUCUGAUGAGUAUAACACAGCAUGUCAUCAUGGACUAGCAGCUGACAGCUUGCAGGCAAGUAUGGAAAAAGAUGCAACUCCACACGUGGACCGCAAAGAGAAAUGUGUGUCUUUACCAGACUGCUGCUAUGGAUCAGAGCUGAGAGAUUUCCCUGGGAGGCCGAUGGGUCACGUUGCAAAGGAGGUGAAUGCAAACGACAGUCCCGAAGGUGAAGACCAGUUUCUUGCUCUGGAGGCCAGCACAGAAACAUUAGUGCAUGUUUCUGAUGAGGAUACUGAUUCUGAUUUAUAUCUUACAGAUGACAAACAGAUCAUAACUACUCAAGGGCAUGAAACGUCUGACCAACGUAGUGUCAAAGGAGCAGGCUCCUUAGUAAAGACCCUGCCCAUCAUGGAGAAUAACCAAGGUUCUUAUACCUCCUGGAUAACGGCAGAUGAACAGGCUUUAGCACCAGCAGAAGGAAGAAGGGAGAGAAGAGUUGUUGACACUGUGAGGAAGAGCCCGGAGCUUUGCAAUGACACAAGCUUAAGUGAAGGAAAAGAUGCACCACAAGUAAAUGCAUGUGAUGCUUUGAACGUGAAAGAGAUUGUGCCCGAGAAGCAAUUGCUUAAUUCUGCAGUAAUUGCUCAGCAACGAAGGAAAUAUGACUUCCCUAAAGAUGGGCAUGAAAGCAACACCUGCAACAUACCCAGUGAGUUCUCUGCUACUCCUUGCACAGAGAGACAUUUGCCAUUAUCAAAGGCAGACUCCGGGAACUGCCUUCUGCAGCCUCCUCCUUCCUGCCCCAGUGGAAUGUCAGCUGAAAACGGCCUGGAGGAGAGUGGUUUCUCCAAACAUCAAAACAAAAGCCUUCUAAAGGCCAACGCAGGAGAUGGCAUGCAGUGUUUAUACUUCAGGGAAAUGCUGGCCACCCAGGAGCCCUCGGACAACCAAGUCAGACUCCGCAAGAGAAAGGAAGCCAGAGAAGAUAGAGAUCGGGCGCGGCUGGACUCCAUGGUGCUGCUGAUCAUGAAACUGGACCAACUGGAUCAGGACAUCGAGAACGCGCUCAGCACCAGCUCGUCUUCAUCCAACACGCCGACGAACCCGCGGCGGCACGUGCCCGAUCUGGAAUCAGGGUCUGAAAGUGGAGCAGAUACCAUUUCACUAAAUCAGACACAAAUUAAUUUUUCAUCUACCACGGAGUCUACUGUGCUGCCACCUCCCACCCCAGUGACCACCUCCGGAACCAAACCCAAGGCUAUGGCUAUUUCAGGUAUUUCAGAGAAAGAACAGGCUGAAAUUGAAGCCAAGGAAGCUUGUGAUUGGCUACGGGCAACGGGUUUCCCUCAGUAUGCACAGCUUUAUGAAGAUCUCCUGUUUCCUAUUGAUAUUACCUCGGUCAAGAGAGAGCAUGAUUUUUUGGACAGAGAUGCCAUUGAGGCUUUAUGCAGACGUCUGAAUACUUUAAACAAAUGUGCGGUGAUGAAGCUAGAAAUUAGUCCUCAUCGGAAGAGAAGUGAGGAUUCCGAUGAGGACGAGCCUUGUGCAAUAAGCGGCAAAUGGACUUUCCAGAGGGACAGCAAGAGGUGGUCCCGGCUGGAAGAGUUUGAUGUCUUUUCUUCAAAGCAGGCCCCAGGGCCCGGGUCUCCAGACAAUUCCCACCUAGAGAGCUCUGCAAGCCACGAGAGCGUGCUGACGGAGCUCAGCGAGCGCCAGGAGGGCUCUUCCAUGUACAGCCUCAGCAGUACCGCCAGCCUCCCCACCUGCGCCCCCCAAAGCGCAGACAUGACGACACCCCGGACUCACUCCGUCAUUCGUGUCUGCCCCUCCAGCCACUUUGUUGGCCGUGAUGACUCCUUCUGCAGCCUGCCCUCUCCCAAGGAACUGUCCAGCUUCAGCUUCGGCAUGAAAGGCCAUGAGAAAAGCGCCAAGUCCAAGACGCGCAGCCUGCUGAAAAGGAUGGAGAGCCUGAAGCUCAGGGGCUCCCACCACAGCAAGCACAAAGCGCCUUCGAAGCUGGGGCUGAUCAUCAGCGGGCCCAUUCUCCAAGAGGGUGUGGACGAGGAGAAGCUGAAGCAGCUGAACUGCGUGGAGAUCUCCGCCCUCAACGGCAAUCACAUCAACGUCCCCAUGGUACGAAAGAGGAGCGUUUCCAACUCCACACAGACCAGCAGUAGCAGCAGCCAGUCUGAGACCAGCAGCGCUGUCAGCACCCCCAGCCCCGUCACCAGGACCCGGAGCCUCAGUGCCUACAAUAAGCGAGUCGGCAUGUACUUAGAGGGCUUUGAUCCUUUCAGUCAGUCCACAUUUAACAACGUCAUGGAACAGAACUUCAAAAACCACGAGAGCUACCCGGAGGACACGGUGUUCUACAUCCCAGAGGAUCAUAAGCCAGGCACGUUCCCCAAGGCCCUCUCCAACGGCCAUUUCUCCCCGUCAGGGAGCAGCACCUCUGUGAACUGGCGGACGGGGAGCUUCCACGGCACCGGCCAUAUCAGCCUAAGAAGGGAAAACAGCAGCGACAGCCCCAAGGAACUGAAGAGACGCAAUUCCUCCAGCUCCAUGAGCAGCCGUCUGAGUGUCUACGACAACGUGCCAGGCUCCAUCCUCUACUCUAGUUCAGGUGACCUGGCCGAUCUGGAGAACGAGGACCUCUUCCCCGAGCUGGAUGACAUCCUCUACCACGUGAAGGGCAUGCAGAGGAUAGUCAACCAGUGGUCCGAGAAGUUUUCAGAUGAGGGAGAUUCCGACUCCGCCCUGGACUCGGUCUCUCCUUGCCCGUCCUCUCCAAAACAGAUCCACCUGGACGUGGACAACGACCGCACCACACCCAGUGACCUGGACAGCACAGGCAACUCCCUGAACGAGCCUGAGGAGCCCUCCGACAUCCCCGAAAGGAGAGACUCUGGGGUCGGGGCUUCCCUGACAAGGUCCAACAGGCACAGACUGAGGUGGCACAGUUUCCAGAGCUCUCACCGGCCAAGCCUAAACUCUGUCUCGCUGCAGAUUAACUGCCAGUCUGUGGUCCAGAUGAACCUGCUGCAGAAAUACUCGCUCUUAAAGUUGACAGCCCUGCUGGAGAAGUAUACACCUUCCAACAAGCACGGUUUCAGCUGGGCUGUGCCCAAGUUCAUGAAAAGGAUCAAGGUUCCAGACUACAAGGACCGGAGUGUGUUCGGUGUCCCUCUAACGGUCAACGUGCAGCGCACAGGACAGCCCCUGCCACAGAGUAUUCAGCAAGCCAUGCGCUACCUCCGUAACCAUUGUUUGGACCAGGUUGGGCUCUUCAGAAAAUCAGGGGUCAAAUCCCGGAUUCAGGCUCUUCGCCAGAUGAAUGAAAGCGCCAUGGAUUGUGUCAGCUAUGAAGGACAGUCUGCAUAUGACGUGGCAGACAUGUUGAAGCAGUAUUUUCGAGACCUUCCUGAGCCACUAAUGACCAACAAACUCUCGGAAACCUUCCUGCAGAUCUACCAGUAUGUACCCAAGGACCAGCGCCUCCAGGCCAUCAAGGCUGCCAUUAUGCUCCUACCGGACGAGAACCGGGAGGUUCUACAGACGCUGCUUUAUUUCUUGAGCGAUGUCACAGCUGCUGUAAAAGAAAACCAGAUGACGCCGACCAACCUCGCUGUGUGCUUAGCGCCUUCCCUCUUCCACCUCAACACCCUGAAGAGAGAGAAUUCUUCGCCAAGGGUAAUGCAAAGAAAACAAAGUUCGGGCAAACCAGAUCAGAAAGAUUUGAACGAGAACCUAGCUGCCACUCACGGGCUGGCCCAUAUGAUUGCAGAAUGCAAGAAGCUUUUCCAGGUACCUGAGGAGAUGAGCCGAUGUCGGAAUUCCUAUACCGAACAAGAACUGAAGCCCCUCACUCUGGAAGCAUUGGGACGCCUAAGCAAUGCCGAGUCUACGGACUACCAGCACUUCCUCCAGGACUGUGUAGACAGCCUGUUUAAAGAGGUCAAAGAGAAGUUCAAAGGCUGGGUCAGCUACUCUACUUCUGAGCAAGCCGAGCUGUCUUACAAGAAGGUGAGUGAAGGGCCCCCUCUGAGGCUUUGGAGGUCAACCAUCGAAGUCCCUGCCACGCCUGAGGAAAUCUUAAACCGUUUACUUAAGGAGCAGCACCUUUGGGAUGUAGACCUGUUGGAUUCAAAGGUGAUUGAAAUCCUGGACAGCCAAACAGAAAUUUACCAGUACGUCCAGAAUAGCAUGGCACCCCAUCCUGCCCGGGACUACGUUGUCCUGAGAACUUGGAGGACAAAUUUACCCAAGGGAGCGUGUGCCCUUUUACUCACCUCCGUGGAUCACGACCGGGCACCCGUGGUGGGUGUGAGAGUUAACGUGCUCCUGUCCAGGUAUCUGAUGGAACCCUGCGGGUCAGGAAAAUCCAAACUCACCUACAUGUACAGAGCUGACUUAAGGGGCCAUAUGCCAGAGUGGUACACAAAAUCUUUUGGACAUUUGUGUGCAGCUGAAGUUGUAAAGAUCCGAGACUCUUUCAGCAGCCAGAACACUGAGACCAAAGACACCAAGUCUAGGUGAUUACUGAAGCGGAGCAACUGGGUCCACCUCCCGGGCAUUUAUUUCUAGAGCCCUUGCCAGUCCUCGGAUGUAUGGGGUCUCCCUCCAAUCCUGAAACAGAAAACUACAAAUUGGACUGCAAGAAUUAAGACUAAAGCGAUUUGAUACAUUUUUAAAGCUGCUUCCUGUUGGUUUAAGGUCUGUCUCAUAGACCUUGACUGGAAUAUGUAAGACUGUGCAAAAAAAAAGUAUUUGUAAUCUUAUUCAGAUUGCUUCUGAGAAGCAAAACUCUUAAAUAGGUUAUGGAAGGUGACGCAGAUGCUUCAUCGUCUUGUGGUCUUUGGUGUGUGUGCACCUCUGUCCUUUAUUGGCAGUGUGCGGAGGGACACGUGUACCCACUGGAACAGUUGGUACUCUGAUGUGUGUCCUCACUGAGAUGAGCAAAGAAAGGUUUGCACAGACGAGCGUGUGGAUGUGUGUUUGGUGCUGGCUGAGUGGCGUAGACGUGUCAGUUGGAACCCAGUGUCUGGCACACUGAGAUGCCUCCCAGAAGGAUGUCGGCACGUCAGGUUUAGUUUAACCUGGAAUCUCUGACUACCCAUAGAUCCAUCCAGAAAGGAGACCCAACCCACUCUUGUUCAUUUACUUUUUUUUUUUCUGAGCAAUUAAGCAUUUUCCUUCUCCUUCGCCAACCUCUUCUUUACCUUCAAGGUAAUUAUCGUAGACUUACUCCUACAUCCCAUUUCAGAUGCAGUUAGUUUUUGGACCUGAUUACAAAUGGUGAUGAUGGUUUUUAACCAGUAUAGGUUACUUCGGGGAAGAACACCCCCCCCCCCCCGCCACCACCACCAUCACCACACCCCCUUACCGGCUCCACAAUACAGUUUUUUUUUUUAGGCUGAAUGUGAAAACUGAACACUCUAACAUUUAGUCCUGAAUCAAGCAUCAAAACUUUAUACCUGUUAGAAUUAUUUGCAUUUUCAUAUUUAUAACAGAAACUCUUAAAAACAGGAACCGAUGUGAAUUUAACCCAACCACAAAAGUUCUCUCUCUCUCUUUUUUGAUUUGUUAACAGUAUUUCUGAAAGCUGCACACGUUUAUUAACUGGGUUUGUCCUUAUCAGCAAAUAACGUUUUCUGGUUUGAGGACCUAUUUUUGCCUAGUAUUUCCUGUAUUUCUUUUCCUUUGUAAUACCCUUGGAAUAUGUGGUCAUGGUAAUGGGAAAUAGUCAUCAGAGUAAAAAAAAUAAAAGACAGCGCAGUGUUUUGGAAGGGUGGUCUUUAUACAGGUUUUACUGUAAUGGUAAAAUGACUCGAGAGACAGUAUUAAUAAAUUUAUUUUGUGUGGAUCAUAAGUGAGUAAUGUGUGAGUGAGAGCUGUAAGAAGGAUUUUUAUUUUGUUAUAAUUUAGUUACCAUUGUCAGUGUUAUUUCAAAGGUUCUUUGAAGAACUUGCAGGAGAGCAGAGUUGAGUUUUAAAAUUUGAGUAUUUUGGCUGUCAGUGUUCCACAUGAAGAUAUGCUUGUAUAUUCAGUUUUAAUGGCUUUCAGAUUUGUAAGAUUGUAGGCUGUAUAUACCAUGCUGUUAAGGAAUGUCUGCACAGGUCCCCUGUGCUCUCAAACAUAGAUAAAGCAUGAUAAAGAUUAUUAUUUAAAAUAUACUUGUAUUUAUACCUCAGAUAUUCUUUUGGGUUUUGUACCUCAAGGCUUUUUUUUUUUCUAUUGUAAAUACACUUUACAUGAAUACAGUUUAAGUGAAAAGAAAAUAAAAGGAAGAGGUUUAUAACUUGCUCUAUAUCUGUACAGAAUAUAACCAGUAAGUGCACUAUUAAAUGUUUAAAAUAAGGGAAAAGUCUGGCCUGCUUUCCUUUAUACUGCAUCUCACUUCCACCCUUCAAACCACAGAUUGCACAGCACAUGGUUCUGGUAGCAAACAAAAUCCAGAUAGAAAUUUACCAAAGGAGAAAUUGGACUGCAAAUCACUGCAAGGCCGAUUCUGCUGAGCCACUCACUAACAAACAGGAAAGCCUGGUGACGGUUCAGGAAGCGUGGUGACUCUCUCCAAACAAAAAUCCAGCAACGCUGAGAAAGUUACAAGAAUAAGCAACAGAAAGAUGCUCAUAAACAAAGCCAAGGUCACUGAUUAAUUCCACAAAAGGUCGCUUUCCCACUGUUUGGCUUUCCUGUUGAAGGGAUUCCUUACAUAUUUGACUAGAGAAGAAUUCAGAUGAUGUGAGCAUUUUAAAGAACUCUGCUAAACUCUCCAAAUGCAGUGUUGCCACAGCUUACUUACGUGACUAACGGCCUAGAUUGUAAGCUCCCUGAGGGCAGGACUUAUGUACGCAUCUUUAUGUUUCCCUUCAGCAGUUUGCAGUGUUUUGUACUUGUAGGCACCUAAUAAAUGUAUGAUUUGCUAAAUGUAA